GCAUCUCUAACGAGCGAGCAUUGACGCACGCGUGGAUGUUCACAAGUACUGUAGGUCCGGGAAUGUGAAGUGGAGUGACAGUCGCAGGAUUACAGGGGCGGCAUCCCAGCAGCGUUCAGCGUCCGACGUGAUGACCGAGCAGGAGGACCAGCCCAGGAGGAGGCCGCUGGUCAGAGCCGCUUCGGAGGACAGCUCCAGCGAACUGAGCAUGACUAGCUCUCCAUCACCAGGGGACACGUUGCCAUGGAACCUGCCCAAACACCACCGUCUGAAGCGCUCCAAGUCGGCCUCCGGGGUCAUCCUGGACCCUGCGGAGAGGGCUGUCAUCCGCAUAGCAGAUGAACGAGAUCGGGUCCAGAAAAAAACCUUCACAAAAUGGAUCAACAAACACCUGAUGAAGCACUGGAGAGCUGAGGCUCAGCGACAUGUGACAGACCUCUACGAGGACCUGAGAGAUGGACACAACCUCAUCUCCCUGCUGGAGGUUCUCUCAGGAGAGACACUGCCAAGGGAGCGUGACGUUGUCAGGAACGUGCGGUUGCCAAGGGAGAAAGGACGCAUGCGCUUCCACAAGCUGCAGAACGUCCAGAUCGCCCUGGACUUCCUCAAACACAGACAGGUGAAACUGGUCAACAUCAGGAAUGACGACAUCGCCGAUGGCAACCCCAAGCUGACCCUCGGGCUGAUCUGGACCAUCAUCCUCCACUUCCAGAUCUCAGACAUCCAGGUGAACGGCCAGUCUGACGACAUGACGGCCAAGGAGAAGCUGCUGCUGUGGUCUCAGAGGAUGACGGAGGGCUACCACGGCAUGCGCUGCGACAACUUCACGUCCUCCUGGAGGGACGGGAAGCUCUUCAACGCCAUUAUCCACAAACACAGGCCCCAUCUGAUAGACGUGAGCAGGGUGUACCGGCAGAGCAGCCAGGAGAACCUGGAGCAGGCCUUCAGCGUGGCCGAGCGAGAGCUGGGGGUCACCCGCCUGCUCGACCCAGAGGAUGUGGACGUACUCCACCCGGACGAGAAGUCCAUCAUCACGUACGUGUCGUCGCUCUACGACGUCAUGCCCCGGGUUCCAGACGUGCAGGAUGGGGUGAAGGCCAACGAGUUGGAGCUGCGCUGGCAGGAGUAUUAUGAGCUGGUCACUCUGCUGCUGCAGUGGAUCAGACAUCACGUGGUGGUGUUCGAGGAGAGGAGGUUCCCCACCAGCUACGAGGAGAUAGACGUUCUUUGGCGCCAGUUUCUGAAGUUUAAGGAGAUGGAGCUACCUGCAAAAGAGGCGGACAAGAACCGCUCCAAACACAUCUACAAGUCCUUUGAGGGCGCCAUCCAGGCAGGACACAUCAAGGUUCCUCCUGGUUUCCACCCCUUCGACGUGGAGAAGGAGUGGGGGCGACUACACGUGGCCAUACUGGAGAGAGAACGUCUGCUGAGGACUGAGUUUGAGAGGCUGGAGCGGCUCCAGAGGGUCGUCAGCAAGGUGCAGAUGGAGUCUGGGGUGUGUGAGGAGCAGCUGAACCAGGUGGAGACCUUGCUACAGUCGGAUGUUCGUAUGAUGAGCUCAGGAAAGCCAGCCCAGCACUCUGCCGAUAUGGAGGUGGACCUGGAGAAGGCUGAGGGCAUGAUCAGGUUCCUCUUCAACGACGUGCAGCUUCUCAAGGACGGACGGCAUCUUCAAGCUGAGCAGAUGUACCGCAGGGUCUACCGUCUCCACGAGCGCCUGGUGAACCUGCGUAGCGAGUACAGCCUGCGCGUCCGGUCUGGCAUCAGCUCCAGCCAGGUGCCCCUGUCCCCGACCCAGUCAGCCCAGACGCUCCAGCAGGUCCCGGUGAGGGUGAGGCCAGAGCUGGACGAGGCCACGCUGCGCUACAUCCAGGACCUGCUGGUCUGGGUGGAGGAGAACCAGAGGAGGGUGGCCCAGGGGGAGUGGGGCCUAGACCUGCCCACAGUGGAGUCCCAGCUGGGCAGUCACCGCGGCCUGCACCAGUCUGUGGAGGAGUUCAGAUCUAAGAUUGACAGGGCCAAGGCAGACGAGACUCAGAUCUCGCCUGUCAGCAGAGGUGUGUACAGGGACUAUCUCUCCAAGUUGGAGAUGCUGUAUGGCAAGCUUCUCAACUCCUCCCGGUCUCGUCUGAGCAGCCUGGACCAGCUGCAUGCGUUCGUCACCGCGGCGACCAAGGAGCUGAUGUGGCUGAAUGAGAAGGAGGAGGAGGAGGUGAACUACGACUGGAGCGACCGCAACAGCAACAUGACCGCCAAGAAAGACAAGUACUCGGGCCUGAUGAGAGAGCUGGAGCUGAGGGAGAAGAGGGUGAACACCGUCCAGGCGACUGGAGACAAGCUCCUGAAAGAGAGUCACCCUGCCAGCAAGACUGUGGAGGCCUUCAUCGCCGCCCUGCAGACCCAGUGGAGCUGGAUCCUGCAGCUGUGCUGCUGCGUCGAGUCCCACCUGAAGGAGAACAUGCUGUACUUCCAGUUCUUCUCCGACCUGAAGGAGGCUGAGGAGAAGAUGAAGAAGAUGGAGGAGACGAUGAAGAGGAAAUACAGAUGUGACCGUUCCAUGACUGUCACCAGGCUGGAGGACUUACUGCAAGACCAGGCGGAUGAUAAAGAGCAGCUGAAAGAGUUCAAGACUCACCUGGAGGGUUUAAACAAGAGGGCAAAGACCAUCGUCCAGCUGAAACCACGCAGCCCUGCCACCCCAGUGUCAAGCAAAACACCAGUCCAGGCCAUCUGCGACUUCAAACAGAUGGAGAUCACGGUCCACAGGGGAGAUGAGUGUGCCCUUCUGAACAACUCCCAGCCGUACCAGUGGAAGGUUCUGAACGCCAGAGGCAGCGAAGCCACAGUACCCUCAGUUUGCUUCCUGGUUCCUCCCCUCAACAAGGAGGCUGGGAACGGUGUCUCAGAGCUGGACUCCAGUCUGCAGAAGCUGCUGGUCUUGUGGCAGAGGCUGCAUGUGGACAUGAAGUGCCUGAUGUCCUGGCAGUACCUGAUGAGAGACAUCCAGCUCAUGAACUCCUUGAACAUCACCAUGUUUCGGACCCUGAGGGUGGAGGAGUAUAACCUGACGCUCAGAAACCUGCAGCAGCACUACCAGGACUUCCUCAGAGACAGUCAGGAGUCAGAGCUGUUCGGGAAAGACGACCACAGUCAGGUGGAAUCCAGUUACAACCAAGCCAACCAGCACUACCAAGGUCUGGUGCAGUCGGUUGAGCAAGGUGAUCAAGACGACUCUGUGUGUAAGAGCUACCUGAGCCGGAUCAAGGACCUGCACCUGAGGCUGGACGGCUGUGAGAGUCGGACAGUCUCACGCCUGCGACAGGCCAUACACAAGGAGCCUCUAAAAGACUGUGCCCUGAAGACUGUUGAGCAAAAGAAAGUCCAGUCUGAACUGGAGGCUUUGAUGAAGGACCUGAGCAGCAUGGUGGAGAUGACGCAGGAGGUUCUGUCCUCCCCUCAGCAGUCCAGCUCCGCCCUGGUGCUGCGCUCCGAACUGGACCUGACUCAGAAGAAGAUGCAGCACGUGUACAGUCUCUCCUCCGUCUACAUGGAUAAACUGAAGACCAUUGAUGUAGUGAUUCGCAGCACCAAAGGAGCAGAGGACACUCUGAAAAAGUACGAAGCUCUGUUACGGGAAGUCAACAAGGUCCCCGCGGAUGAGCAGGAAGUGGACAAGUGUCAGACACAGCUGAAGAGCCUGCGUGCCGGGGCGGAGGGUGACCAGGCGGCGUUCGACCAGAUCCAGGACGACCUGGAGAAGGCAGCGGCCGUGACGGAGCGGCUGACCAGAGUCCACUACGAGCGGGACGCUGAGCUGGAUCUCCAGCGCCAGCUGGUCUCAGGGCUGCUGGAACGCUGGCAGGCCGUGUUCGCCCAGAUCGACCUGCGGCACCACGAGCUGGAGGCGCUGGGCCGACAGAUGGUUUCCUACCGCAAGAGCUACCAGGAGCUCAUCCGCUGGAUCGAAGACGCCAAGCGGAGGCAGGAGAAGAUCCAGGCGGUGCCCGUUGGGGACAGCAAGGUCCUCGCAGAACAGCUGGCUCAAGAAAAGAAACUCCUUGAGGAGAUUGAAAAACACAAAGAUACGGUUGAAGACUGUCAGUCAUAUGCAAAGGCAUACAUUGAUGCAGUCAAGGACUAUGAGCUGCAGGUGGUGACCUACAGAGCGCUGGAGGAGCCACUGGCAUCUCCAAUAAAGAAAACCAAAAUGGAGUUUGCAUCGGACAACAUCAUCCAAGAGUAUGUGACUCUGAGGACUCGCUACAGCGAGCUGCUGAUUAUCACCAUCCAGUACAUCAAGUUUAUCACAGACACACAGCGCCGCCUGCAGGAGGACGAGAAAGCUACUGAACAACUAAAGGAAGAGGAGAGAAAAAAGAUGGCGGUGAUACAAGCUGAGUUAGAGAAGCAAAAGCAGUUAGCUGAGGCGCAUUCCAAAGCUGUCGCCAGGGCAGAGCAAGAAGCACAGGAGCUAAAGUUAAAAAUGAAGGAGGAGGUGAGCAGGAGGGAGGUCGCAGCUGUGGACGCCGAGAAACAAAAGCAGAACGUACAGCAGGAGCUGCACAAACUGAAGAACCUGUCAGAGCAGGAGAUCAAGUCCAAGAGCCAGCAGGUGGACGAGGCGUUGUUCAGUCAGACCAGGAUCGAGGAAGAGAUCCUCACCAUCAGGCUGCAGCUGCAGACCACCAUGACGCAGAAGACCUCGGCUGAGUCAGAGCUGCAGCAGCUCCGAGAUCAGGCUGCAGAGGCCGACAGACUCAGGAAGACCGCCCAGGAGGAAGCCGAGAGACUUCGCAGGCAGGUGAACGAAGAGACACAGAAGAAGCGUGUCGCGGAGGAGGAGCUGAAACGCAAGUCCGAGAGCGAGAAGGAGGCCGCCAGGAUCAAGCAGGCGGCCCUGGACGACCUGCAGCAGUUCAAAAUGCAAGCCGAGGAGGCCGAGAGACGCAUGAAGCAAGCGGAGGUGGAGAAGCUACGGCAGAUACAAGUGGCGGAGGAGGUGGCGCAGAAGAGCGCCGCCACGGAGCUGCAGAGCCAGCGCAACGAGGCGGCGACGCAGCUGGAGGCGUCGCUGAGGCAGGAACAGGGGACGGUGAUCCAGCUGCAGGUGGAGGCUGAGCAGCUCAAGAAGAAACAAGACGAGGCCAACAAGGCCAGGGAGGAAGCUCAAAGGGAACUGGAGAAAUGGAGACAGAAAGCCAACGAGGCUCUUCGCCUGCGGCUCCAAGCGGAGGAAGACGCCCACAAAAAGAGCCAGGCCCAAGAGGAGGCAGAGAAGCAGAAAGAGGCGGCUGAACGAGAGGCCAAUAAACGGGCCAAAGCAGAGGAAGCUGCCCUCAAGCUGAAGGAGAUGGCGGAGAAGGAACUGGAGAAGCAGAGGGGGUUUGCGGAGGGGAUAGCCCAGCAGAAACUGUCUGCGGAGCAAGAGCUGAUCCGCCUCAGAGCCGACUUUGAACACGCCGAGCAGCAGAGGGGUCUGUUGGACGAGGAACUCCAGCGUCUGAAACGCGAAGUGGAAGCAGCCAUGAAACAAAGAAAACAGCUGGAAGACGAACUGGCGAAGGUGAGAAAGGAAAUGGACGUUCUUCUCCAGAUCAAGAUCAAAACUGAAAAGGAGGCCAUGUCCAACACAGAAAAAAGCAAACAGCUACUUGAAUCUGAAGCUGCAAAAAUGAGACAGCUUGCCGAGGAGGCAACCAGGCUGCGAUCAGAUGUGGAGGAAGCGAAGACACAGAGGCAGGCGGCUGAGGAAGAGGCCGCCAGACAACGAGCCGAAGCUGAGAAGGUUCUAAAGGAGAAGCUUGCCGCCAUUAAUGAAGCAACUCGCCUGAAAACAGAGGCAGAGAUCGCUGUGAAGGAAAAAGAAGAGGAAAACGAAAGACUCAAGAGGAGAGCUGAAGAAGAAGCGGAUCAGAGAAAGGUCUUAGAGGACCAAGCUUCUCAGCACAAGCGAGACAUCGAGGAGAAGAUCAACCAGCUUAAGAAGUCUUCUGAUUCUGAACUGGAAAGGCAAAAGAAAAUGGUGGAGGAAACCCUCAAUCAGAGGAGAGUGGUUGAAGAGGAGAUUCGAAUCAUCAAACUCAAUUUUGAGAAAGCCUCAACAGGCAAGCAAGGUCUGGAGCUUGAACUGAGCAAGCUGAAAAGCGUUGCAGACGACACGCAGAAGAGCAAAGUGAAAGCUGAGGAGGAGGCCGAGAAACUCCGAAAGCUGGCUUUGGAGGAGGAAGCCAAGAGGAAAGAAGCCGAGGUGAAGCUGAAGAAGAUCACGGCCGCAGAGCAAGAAGCCGCGCGGCAAUGCAAGGCAGCCCAGAACGAGGUGGAGCGUCUCAAACAGAAGGUCUCCGAGGCCAACCAGCAGAAAGAGGAGGCCGACAAGCAGGCAGAAAAGCAGAUUCUUCUGGCCAAAGAGACGGCCCAGAAAUGCAGCUCUGCAGAAAAGAACGUGCUUGACGUUCUCACCAAGCAGAAAGAAGACACUCUCGCUCAAGAGAAGCUUAAAAAGGAAUUCGACGAGGCUAAGAAACUGGCUCAAGCUGCCGAGAAGGCCGCUGAGAAAGCAGAGAAAGAGGCUGCUUUACUCCGCCAGAAAGCAGAAGAUGCUGAAAAACAAAAGCAGGCUGCCGAGGCUGAAGCAGCCAAACAGUCCGAGGCACAACAGGACGCUGAGAGACUGAGGAGAGAGGCAGAGCAGGAGGCCUCCAGCAGAGCCAAGGCAGAGGCAGAAGCUCUGGCGCAGAGGAAACAGGCGGAUAAGGAGAUGGCCAAGUACAAAAAACUAGCUGAACAAACUGUCAAACAGAAGUCUCAAGUCGAGAAGGAGCUGUCUAAGGUGAAACUGCAACUGGAUGAGACCGACAAGCAGAAAUGCGUUCUGGACGAGGAGCUGCAGAGGUUGAAAAGUGAAGUCGGUGAUGCGGUCAAACAGAGAGCCCAGGUGGAGGAAGAGUUACGCAAACUCAAGAUUCAGAUGGAGGACCUGGUCAAACUGAAGCUGAGAAUCGAGGAGGAGAACAAGCAGCUCUUACGAAAAGAUAAAGACAGCACUCAGAAGUUGCUGGCGGAGGAAGCGGAGAACAUGAGGAAACUGGCAGAAGAGGCAGCCAGGCUCAGCAUUGAGGCUCAGGAGGCAGCGAGGCAGAGGCAGACUGCAGAGGCGGACCUCGACCAGCAGAGGGUGCUAGCGGACAAAAUGCUCAAGGAAAAAAAGCAGGCCAUCCAAGAGGCAAGUAAACUGAAAUCUGAGGCGCAGGAGCUCCAGAAACAGAAGGAACAGGCCCAGGAGAAGGCCCAGAAACUUCUAGAAGACAAGCAGCAAAUGCAACAGCGUCUUAAGAAAGAGACUGAGGUCUUCCAGAAAUCAUUAGAGGCCGAGCGCAAGAGGCAGCUUGAAGUUUCUGAAGAAGCUGAUAAACUGAAGCUCAGGGUGUCUCAGCUCAGUGACGCCCAGUCAAAAUCAGAGGAGGAGGCUAAGAAAUUCAAGAAACAGGCAGAUGACAUUAGGGCUAAAUUAGAAGAGACAGAGCAUCAAACUGUAGAUAAGGUCGUUGUUGAGAAACUGGAGGUGCAGAGGCUGCAGAGCACCAAGGAGGCUGACGAGCUUCGCAAAACCAUCAGUGACCUCCAGAAGGAAAAGGACAGGUUGAAAAAAGAUGCUGAAGACUUACAGAAUAAAUCCAAAGAGAUGGCCAACGCCCAUCAGGAGCAAAUUAAGAAGGAAAAGGCCCUUCUUCAACAGUCUUUCUUCACAGAGAAAGAAACGUUACUAAAAGCAGAAAAGCUCAUUGAGAGUGAGAAAAGAAAGCUUGAAAAAGAGUUUGAGGAUGAAGUCAAUAAGGCGAAGACUCUCAAAGAAAAUCAAGAGCGUCAAAUAAAACAGAUGGAAGAGGAGAAAAAUAAACUCAAGGCAAACAUGGACGCUGUCGUGAAGAAGCAAAAGGAUGCCGAGCAGGAGAUGCUAAUCAAGCAGAAAGAAAUGGAAGAAUUUCAGAAGAAAAAGCUUGAACAAGAAAAGCUACUGGCUGAAGAAAAUAAAAAUCUGAGAGACAAGCUGCAGAAACUCGAGGUUGCUCAAAAACCAAGCUCAUCCGACGUGAAAGAAAUUGAAAUACAAACGGAUGUGGUCCCCGAAGAUCCAUGCAAUGCAGUGACAGUGGAAACUACAAAGAAGGUUUUAAACGGUUCUGUGGAAACAGAUGGCAAGAGAGAAUCGCCACUGGCAUUUGAUGGGAUAAGGGAAAAGGUUCCAGCAAACAGGCUCCAUGAAAUUGGUAUACUGACUAAGAAGGAAUUCGACAAGCUGAAACAGGGCAAAGCCAAAGUCCAAGACCUGAGCAAAACUGAGAAAGUUAAAACGUGUCUAAAGGGACAGAACUGUGUUGGAGGGGUCUUGACUCCAUCAAAGCAAAAAAUGACUGUUUACCAGGCCUUGAAAGAGAAGAAAAUUACCCCAAGCACUGCUGUCAUGCUCCUGGAAGCUCAGGCCGCCUCGGGGCACAUCAUUGACCCAGUGAAAAACAGAGCACUCUCAGUGGAUGAAGCUGUGAAGGAAGAAAUAAUAGGACCAGAACUUCACAACAAAAUACUUUCAGCAGAGAAGGCUGUCACAGGCUACAAAGACCCUUACACUGGAGCCAGAAUCUCCAUCUUUGAAGCAAUGAAAAAGGGUCUAAUUGAGAAAGACCAGGCCAUCAGACUUCUAGAUGUUCAGAUUGCAACAGGUGGAAUCAUUGACCCUGUCAACAGCCAUCGUGUUCCCCUCCAGACAGCCUACAAGCAAGGCCAAUAUGAUGCUGACAUGAAUAAGAAACUCUCAGAAGCUUCUGAUGAAUCAAAACUGUUCAUUGACCCCAGCACUCAGGAGACUGUCACCUACAAGCAGCUAUUGGAAAGAUGCGUCAAGGAUUCAGAAACAGGAUUGCUGCUGUUGCCGAUCACAGAUAAAGCUGCUGAAAGUGAGAUCCCUCGCACGGAUGAAGAGACUAAAGAUGUGCUCAGCAAAUCAAACAUUACUGUACCUUUUGGACGAUUCAAAGGGAAGACUGUGACUAUUUGGGAAAUUAUCAACUCUGAGUAUUUCACAGAAGAGCAGAGAAGGGACUUGAUAUCUCAGUACAAAACUGGGAAAAUAACAGUGGAGAAAAUCAUAAAAAUUGUCAUUACGGUCGUGGAAGAUAAAGAGAAAAAUAAGGAAAAUGGCUUAGCUGGUCUCAGGGCCCCAGUCCUUGCCUCUGAACUUCUGGAUUCUAAAAUAAUCAACAAAGGCCUGUUCAAUAAGCUACAAAAUGGCAAAAUAACAAUUAAAGAAAUCUCAGAAAUGGACGCUGUCAAGAAAGCUUUGAGGGGAACGCACAGCGUUGCUGGAGUGAUCAACGAGUCUACAAAAGAGAAAAUGUCAUUCUAUCAAGCUAUGAAAAAAGAGAUGAUCUCACCAGAGGUUACACUGAAUCUUCUUGAGGCACAAGCAGGUACUGGAUUUAUUAUUGACCCUGUUAAAAAUGAGAAGUCUACUGUGGAUGAGGCUGUUAAAUCAGGCUUGGUCGGCCCAGAACUGCAUGAAAAACUUCUGUCUGCUGAGAGGGCUGUCCAGGGGUACCAGGAUCCCUAUAGUGGGAACACUGUCUCUCUUUUUGAGGCGAUGAACAAAGACCUCAUUAAGAAAGAUCAUGGAGUCCGUCUGCUUGAAGCUCAGCUGGCUACUGGAGGAAUUAUUGAUCCUGUCAAAAGUUAUCACAUGCCACACGACGUUGCCUGCAAACGAGGUUAUUUCAGCGAUGAGAUGAAUAAUGUGUUGAACAAGGACAGUGAUGAAACCAAAGUGUUCUAUGAUCCUGAGUUGCAGGGGUAUUCCUCUUACGCACAACUGCUGAAAAGGUGCGUCACUGACAAAGAAUCUGGCCUCCCGUUGCUUCCUCUCUCUGAAAAAUCCAUGAAAUCAAGUCAGGAAGAAAGCCUUAAGAUCUCUGACACCCAAGCCAAAGAGGCCCUGAAUCACGCAACUCUGGAGUUACAGUACGGACCUUUCAAAGGAAGAAGAGUCACCAUUUGGGAAAUCAUUCACUCUCAUUACAUCACAGAGGAGAAAAGAAUUGAGCUCAUUCAGCUGUACAGAACUGGAUUCAUGACCAUUGAGAAAAUGAUGAAAAUCGUUGUCACGAUGAUUGAAGACAAGGACACCAACAAACAGGACGAAGUGUCUUUUGAAGGUCUCAGAGCACCUGUCACCAUCUCUGCUUUGCUUGAGUCCAACAUCAUUAAUAAAUCCACCUUUGAUCAACUCAAACAAGGGAAAAAGAAACCCAAAGAUAUCAGUGACAUGGAUUCAGUCAAGAAAUACCUACAAGGCACCGACGGCAUCGCAGGGAUUUAUAUGGAAGAUUCAAAAGACAAAUUAAGCAUUUAUCAAGCAAUGAAAACAAAUUUGCUGAGUCAAAACGCAGGAAUUGCAUUACUCGAGGCACAAGCUGCCACCGGCUUUAUAAUUGACCCUGUCAAAAACCAGAAGUACACUGUCGACGACGCUGUCAAGAUUGGAGUCGUCGGUCCUGAGCUUCAUGAAAAGCUUCUCUCAGCUGAGAAGGCAGUGACAGGUUAUAAAGACCCCUACACGGGCAACACAAUAUCUUUAUUCCAAGCCAUGAAUAAGGAGCUUGUGCCACGAGAACACGCUAUCCCCCUUUUAGAGGCCCAAGUCGCCACUGGAGGAGUUAUAGAUCCAGUUAGUAGCCACAGAGUCCCUGUUGAUGUUGCUUACCAGCGAGGCUAUUUAACUAAACAAAUGGCCAAAACCUUUAGUGACCCCUCAGAAGAUGUAAAGGGCUUCUCUGAUCCCAACACAAACACAAGUUCCACAUACAAACAACUGCAGGCGAAAUGCAUUAGGGACCCUGACACUGGUCUGUGCUUCCUGCCCCUAUCAAAGGCCGAAAUUCCUUUGGAGGAAACGUCCUACGUGUACACAGAAGAACAGGCACAGACAGACUUAUCAAACACUCAAGUAGAUAUACCCCACGAGAGUUUUGCAGGCAGGAGUAUGACAUUGUGGGACAUCAUGAGGUCGAAUUUGCUUCCAGAAGAAGAAAAGCAAAGACUGAUGGAACAGUAUCGCUCUGGGCAGAUUACAAAAGACAGAAUGAUCAUCAUUAUCAUAGAAAUGAUUAUACAACGAGAAAUUAUUAAGACAGAACAGACCAUGUCCUGUGAUGUGAUUAGAAGGAGAGUCACAAUUGAGGACCUUUACAGUUCUAGAAUCAUUGAUCUUCAAACGUAUAACCUGUUGAAGCAAGAAAAGGUCACCAUUCGUGAGGUGAUGGAAAUGCCUUCAGUGAAGCAGUAUCUGUUUGGUACUGGGUGUAUUGCCGGGAUUUUGUCAGAUUCGCCAUCCAAGAUCAGCAUUUACCAGGCCAUGCAGAGAGGGCUCAUCAAGCCAGAUAUAGCUAUCAGUCUCCUUGAGGCCCAAGCAGCAACUGGAUUCAUCAUCGACCCAGUAAAGGAUCAGUUGUUGACUGUGGAUGAGGCUGUACGCAAAGGGCUGGUUGGCCCUGAGCUCCAUGAUAAACUUCUUUCAGCUGAGAGGGCAGUCACUGGCUACAAGGAUCCUUACAGUGGAAAAGUGAUUUCUGUCUUCCAAGCAAUGAAGAAAGACCUAAUUCUUGAAGACUAUGCCCUGAGGCUACUGGAAGCUCAGGUGGCCACUGGAGGCAUCAUGGAUCCAGAAUACUACUUCCAUCUUCCCACGGAUGUUGCCACCCAACGUGGUUAUAUCAACAAAGAAACACAUGACAGACUAAUGCACCCUACUGGGGAUGUGCAAGCUUACACUGAACCAACCACAGAUGAGAAAACCACCUAUGGCCAACUACUGAAGAGAUGCAAAGCGGAUAAAGAGAGCGGCUUGCUGUUGCUCUCACUGGCAGACAGAAAGCUGCUUUUUAAGGGGCUCAGAAAACAAAUCACCCUGGAGGAGCUACUGUGCUCUCAGAUUAUCAGCCAGAAGACGUAUGAUGACCUCUUAGAGGGACUUAUCACAGUGGAGGAGGUCAGCAGACAAGUAAAGAAGUAUCUUGAAGGCACAAGCUGCAUUGCUGGGGUGUAUGUAGAAUCAAGCAAAGAUUAUCUGUCCAUAUAUCAAGCAAUGAAAAAGAACAUGAUAAGACCAGGAACUGCGUUUGAACUUCUUGAGGCCCAGGCAGCAACAGGAUAUGUCAUCGACCCGAUAAAGAACUUGAAGCUUAAUGUUAGCGAAGCAGUUAAGAUGGGCAUUGUGGGUCCAGAGUUCAAAGAUAAGCUUCUCUCUGCAGAACGUGCUGUAACGGGCUACAAGGACCCCUACUCUGGCAAGAUAAUCUCUCUUUUUCAGGCGAUGAAAAAGGGACUCAUUCUAAAAGACCAUGGCAUUCGUCUGUUGGAAGCCCAAAUUGCAACCGGUGGCAUCAUUGAUCCGGAGGAAAGCCAUCGCUUGCCCGUUGAGAUGGCCUACAAACGCGGCCUAUUCGACAAGGAGAUGAACGAGAUCCUCACCGACCCUUCUGACGACACUAAAGGUUUCUUUGACCCCAACACAGAGGAAAACCUCACAUACCUGCAGCUGAUGGAGCGCUGCAUGAUUCACCCAGAAACCGGACUGGCACUUUUACUGAUGAAGGAGAAGAAACGGGAGAAGAAGACGUCCUCCAAGUCGUCUGUGCGUAAACGUAGAGUGGUUAUUGUGGAUCCUGAGACAGGCAAGGAGAUGUCUGUUUACGAGGCGUAUCGCAAAGGGCUCAUUGAUCACCAGACCUACCUCGAGCUUGCAGAGCAGGAAUGCGAGUGGGAAGAGAUUACCAUAUCCUCAUCGGAUGGCGUCGUGAAGUCCAUGAUCAUUGACAGAAGGUCUGGCCGGCAGUACGACAUUGAUGAGACCAUCUCAAAGGGCCUCAUCGAUCAGUCUGCUGUGGAUCAAUACCGUGCAGGCACACUGUCCAUCACAGAGUUUGCAGACAUGCUCUCUGGGAACACGAGUGGCAGCAGGUCGCGGUCCUCCUCUUUUGGAUCAACCGCCUCCUACCCCAUGAGCCCGGUCCCUUCCAUCAAAACACCGGCAACUACAUGGAACGACCCGACAGAAGAGACCGGCCCUGUGGCUGGAAUCCUGGACACGGACACACUGGAGAAGGUCUCAGUCACGGAGGCCAUGCACCGAAAUCUUGUGGACAACAUCACAGGUCAGAGGUUACUGGAGGCCCAAGCAUGCACGGGAGGCAUCAUUGAUCCGAACACGGGAGAGAAGUUCACGGUUGCGGAUGCAGUGAACAAAGGACUGGUGGACAAGAUUAUGGUUGACCGUAUCAACCUCGCGCAGAAGGCCUUCAAUGGAUUUGAGGAUCCCAGAACUAAAACCAAAAUGUCCGCAGCCCAGGCACUGAAGAAGGGCUGGCUGUACUAUGAAGCUGGCCAACGGUUCCUGGAAGUCCAAUAUCUCACAGGAGGCUUAAUUGAACCAGAGACAUCCACAAGAGUUCCACUGGACGAGGCUAUCCAGAAGGGUACCUUAGACACACGGACGGCACAAAAGCUACGAGAUGUCAGCGGAUACUCCAAAUACCUCACCUGCCCCAAAACCAAGCUCAAGAUCUCCUACAAGGAUGCCAUGGACAGGAGCAUGAUGGAGGAGGGGUCUGCUCUACGCCUGCUAGAAGCCUCGUCUCAGUCCAGUAAAGGCCUGUACAGCCCCUACAGUGUUAGUGGUUCAAGCUCAGCCACUGGUUCCCGGUCUGGAUCGAGAAGUGGCUCCAGACGAGGGAGCUUUGAUGCCUCAAGUUCAGGAUUUUCCACAACGUUCACGUCCUCCUCCUCCUACAGCUCCCCAAGUUACACCCGGCGGUACUAGGCGUGGAGGGAGCCCUGAUGAGCUAGCACGGAUCCUAGCAGCAUUAUUAGUAUUAGGCAGUCGCUGCCGUUUUGAAGAUGGAUAUUUAACACAAUAUAACCACAGAGCUCUUGAGGUGCCAAGCCAUCCAUAGAAGAAAAACGUUUUUUUUUUUUUUCUUCUGCAUGUGAUUGUUUUGGAGCUUUGCAGUUAAUUAUUCAACCUGGUUUCUAUAAUAAUAUAUCAUUGUUAUGUUAUUUUCUGUUCUGUUUUAAAUUGUGUAGUCUGAGGUCAUUUUUUAAUUCACCAUCCAUUAUAGAAUACUUGUAUUCAAUCUGUCUUUUAAGUAAUUCAACUUAUAUAUUGUUGACAACAUUUUAAAUGGAAAACUGUAAUAUUUUCUAUUUUCAAGUCUACUGUUACUUGUAACAUAGACUGUUCGAGUUAUCCGUCAAUAUUUUGAGAUACUGUGUGUGUUUUGUUAUAUUUCAGCACAGAAAGAAUUACGUAAGAUUAAGUUUUUCUAUGAUAAAUGAAAUUGGAUAUGAAAGUGGUUAAAUAGAUACCCUUGUAUGUGUAUAUUUAGUAGAAGAAAGUAAUUUUGAAACUUCAGGAAACAGAGCUUCUAAUCACAAGACACAUGGUAGUUGUAAUGGGUCAAAUAUUAGCAUUGUGAGCUUCAAGAAUGUAAAUCAGCAGCUUUAAAUAAACAUAUUAGACUGACUAAGUCAAAGUGAUGCUCAUCUUAAGGGGACGAUAUGUCACACGUUGAAGAGUGAGAAGGUGAACCCAGAUUACGAGAGAUUCUCCCCGUCUGUCUCAUCUCAAAACACAAGAUUACAACGAAAUGUAGGAUUACAACAUCAAUCCUGUUGACUAUCUGGACACAAGUAUGCAAUCCUCUCAACUGCUGUUUUGAUAUGUUAAUUUGCUUCUGUGUCAGGACCAUUCAAGACUACACACACUUCACAAAACUAGUUCACAAACAAUCAGAAGACAAUCUUUACUCAAAUCACUCACUAAAUAUGGAUAACAUUACACUCAAGUUCUGCUUGCUGAUGUACAUAGUAAUUUAGUCCUGAACACCACAUGAAGUCUUUUUACACUGUUCUUUUAACAUUGUUUUACAAGUGCCUGUAUAGUCGGUGUAUCAAUGAGAUGCUAAAGCGUUUAGGUGGGGCAGUUGUUGUUGUGUAAAUUGAUUGAUUCUUCACUGAAAAGUACAUUCUGCUCUUAGCUCUAAGGAUCACUGCAUUAUAGGAUCCAUUCAAUAGUCAUGUUAGCAUUCAAUAUCAUACGUAGUUGAUGUAUCAAGCAUUGUCACUUCCUGCAUCCAGAACCAGUCAUUUCAGUGCUCUGUUGUCUUUGUAAAUCAUUAUUUGAUCAAUUUCCAUAUUUUCAUAUGAUAUUUUUGCUUUGCAUGUUUACUCAUUUGGUUGAAAGGAUGCUAUAAAAAUUGUGACCAGUUA